AAACAGCGGAACAAACUGAAAGCUCCGGUGCCCGACCGCAUCCCCGGCCCCGGCCCGGGACCCCCCCUCCCCUCCCGGGAACCCCCGGGGCUCCCGCCCCUCCCGCGCGUCCGGGACCCGGCCGGCCGGGUGCGAGUCCCUGUCGGGGGCCCUGGCUCGGCCCCAGGUUGGAGGAGGCACAGCCCUGCAGCAGCGGCGGCGGCGGUGCUACAGUCUGGAGGGCCCAUGAUUGUGAUUCUCGAUGGAGAGUGAAAGCGUAGAAUCAUAAUGAAAACCAGCCCCUGUCGGCCACUGAUUCUCAAAAGACGGAGGCUGCCCCUACCUGUUCAGAAUGCCCCAGGUGAGACAUCAGAGGAGGAACCCAAGGGUGCCCCUGCCCAACAGGAGCCUGGUCAAGCACAGGCCUCCCAGGGCGGGGCAGAGUCCAGCUCUUGCAAGUUUCCAGCCGGGAUCAAGAUCAUGAACCACCCCACCAUGCCCAACACCCAAGUGGUGGCCAUCCCCAACAAUGCCGACAUCCAGAGCAUCAUCACGGCACUGACGGCCAAAGGAAAAGAGAGCGGGAGCAGUGGCCCCAACAAAUUCAUCCUCAUCAGCUGCGGGGGCGCCCCAGUGGACCCUCCAGACACGCAGCCUCCAGCCCGAUCCAGCAGUGAUUCCAAGAGGACAGAGGUGAUCCCCGAGACGUUGGGGCCAAAGCCCGCAGCUGGGGACACGACUCGCGCUCAGCCACCCGGAGCUGUUCGCAGGCAGCGUCGGGAGAGCUGUGCCGGCGGAGAGGCAGCAGGCUGUACUCUCAACAACAGCUUAACCAACAUCCAGUGGCUUGGAAAGAUGACUUCGGAUGGACUGGGCUCCUGCAGCAUCAAGCAAGAGGUGGAGGAAAAGGAGAACUGUCACCUGGAGCGGAGUCAGGUUAAGGCUGAGGAGCCCUCCGGAGGAUCCACAUCAUGGCAGGACUCCGUGUCUGAACGGCCACCCUACUCUUACAUGGCCAUGAUACAGUUCGCCAUCAACAGCACGGAGAGGAAGCGCAUGACCUUGAAAGACAUCUAUACUUGGAUUGAGGACCACUUCCCCUAUUUUAAGCACAUUGCCAAGCCUGGCUGGAAGAAUUCCAUCCGUCACAACCUGUCUCUCCACGACAUGUUUGUUCGGGAGACGUCUGCCAAUGGCAGGGUCUCCUUUUGGACCAUUCACCCCAGUGCCAACCGCUACUUGACGUUGGACCAGGUGUUUAAGCCACUGGACCCAGGGUCUCCACAAUCGCCCGAGCACUUGGAAUCACAGCAGCAGAAACGACCCAAUGCUGAGCUCCGCCGGAACGUGACCAUCAAAACUGAACUCCCACUGGGCGCACGGCGGAAGAUGAAGCCACUGCUACCACGAGUCAGCUCCUACCUGGUGCCCAUCCAGUUCCCAGUGAACCAGUCACUGGUGCUGCAGCCCUCAGUGAAGGUGCCAUUGCCCCUGGCAGCUUCGCUCAUGAGCUCAGAGCUCGCCCGCCAUAGCAAGCGAGUACGCAUUGCCCCCAAGGUGCUGCUCGCUGAUGAGGAGGUCGCCCCCGCUGCCGCUGCAGGGCCCCUGAAAGAGGAGAAGGACCUGCCUGGGGAAGGGCUGUCUCCCCUGCUCCCGGUUCAGUCCAUCAAGGAGGAGGAAAUCCGGCCAGGGGAGGAGGCACCUCACUUGGCGAGGCCCAUCAAAGUGGAGAGCCCGCCCUUGGAGGAGUGGCCCUCCUCGUCCCCGUCUUUCAAAGAGGAGUCAUCUCACUCCUGGGAGGAUUCGUCCCACUCUCCCACCCCGAGGCCCAAGAAGGCCUACAGCGAGCUCCAGUCCCCGGGCCGGAGUGUCUCGGAAAUGCUCGUGAUCAAACGAAGGCAGCGGAGGGAGAUGAGCCGGUCUCGAAGGAAACAGCACCUGCUGCCCCCCUGCGUGGACGAGCCCGAGCUGCUCUUCUCCGAGGGCCCCAGCACUUGGCGGCGAGCAGAGCUCCCCUUCCUGGCGGAGUCCUCAGAGCCCGCCUCCCAGGAGGAGGCAGGGCCUUUCAAGACCCCCAUUAAGGAGACACUGCCCAUCUCGUCCACUCCAAGCAAAUCUGUCCUCCCCAGAACCCCCGAGUCCUGGAGGCUCACACCCCCAGCCAGGGUUGGGGAGCUGGAGUUCAGCCCUGUACGAACCCCCCAGGGUGCCUUUGGCCCCCUGCCCGACUCCCUGGGGCUGAUGGAGCUGAGCACUACCCCGCUGAAAAGCGUUCCUCUCUUUGACUCACCCCGGGAGCUCCUCAAUUCAGAACCCUUUGACCUGGCUGCUGACCCCUUUGGCCACUCUCCCCGCUCAGAAAUGGAAGCCCCCAAACCAGGCUCCCCAGAGCUGCAGGUUCCCAGCCUUUCAGCCAAUCGGUCUCUAACGGAAGGCCUGGUCCUGGACACAAUGAAUGAGAGCCUCAGCAAGAUCCUGCUGGACAUCAGCUUCCCUGGCCUGGAGGAGGACCCACUGGGCCCUGACAACAUCAACUGGUCUCAGUUCAUUCCUGAGCUGCGGUAGAAACCCGACCGUGCCCUGGCCCCUCAAGCUGCCCACCACUGGAGGCACCGCUGUGAUAGGGAGACCCAAGGCUUAGUGCACGCCAAGCCCUCUGAGCAAGGACAGCAGGCGGGGAUUGAUCUCGGCUCCACCUGGCCUGAUUCGGCCACGGCGGCAGUCACACCUUAGCCACUGCUGCUGAGACCUCUGCCAGCAGUCGUGCCUUGGGAGCUGCCCUCCGAGCCACUCGUGCCCCCCAAGCCACUCGUGUCCCCCAGGAGCACCUGACUCCCGUCCUCUCCCUGCCAGGAGCAGAAGGGUGGGAAGGACAAAAACCAGGGGGGUGAGAAGAGGGUGAGAACACCACAGCCACGCCCAUCCUGUGCCCAGCAGUCUCGCCUUCUCUGCUCCUCACAGGGUGGCUGCUGUGAAUAGUGUCAGUUCUCCAAAUCGUCCUCUAAUUAUAGACGUGGGCUUAUUUCCUUAGACCGCUGUGUAGAGACUGCCAGGAGAAGGGCGUAGGAAGACGAGGGUUUUCAGUUUGCUUCUGUUCCAUGCUUUUGGUUGCUAGAGAAGGGAGGAUGUGCGGUGCAUGGUUUCUUCCAGGCCCAGGGUACCUGACUCCAGGCUUCAUCACCAUAGGUGCCCAGACAAGCAGACCUGCCUGCCGGGGGCCCUCUUCCUGCCCCUCCCUCCCACCUCCCCGUGUUUCCAAGUCAGCUUUCCUGCAAGAAGCAAUCCUGGUUGAAAAGGUCUUUUGCGAUGGUUUUGGAGUUGAAUUUUGGGUGGGGGAAUGGAGGCAUCUGAGGCAAAGGGUGUGGGUACCCAGAUAAGCCCCCAUGAGAUGUUUCUCUGAUAAUGUCCCUAAUCAUGCCAGGGAGAUGAGCAUUGACCAGAACUUGGGCAGAGGGCGUAAGAAGGCUGAGAGAGCCCCUAACGUGCCUGGCUUCCUUAGCUCGCACCUCAGCUUCGCAAAGAGCCACCCUGGGCCCCAGCUGACUGCAUGGAUGUGAGCCAGCUCAAGAACACUACUGUACCUACCUACUCAAUAAAACCCAGGCUGCAA